AUGGCCGCUCAACCGCCUAAACGGCGCACCACCCCCACUCCGAAAUUGUGGCCGUUAACACACAGCAAGGAGCCUGGCGCUCCCUGCUCCGUUUCCCCGCUGCUACCGCCACCCGCAACCCAACCGCAGGCAGCCCGUUGGGCCGAAGGUUGCCUGACUCGGCGCUGCUUGAUGCAGCCCAGUGCGGCCGUGCGCUGCUCAGCGCGACUUGGCCGCCCUUCGCAGCCUGAUCAUUGUACAUCAUUUCUCCAGGCAGAUGAAGAGAAGAUAACUACAGAAGGAAGAAGCGCUACAAUAACCUGUUUGUAUGAGAGAAAAUACAUGUAUUACACAAAAUACUGUUGCUGGGGAAGUUCACGAACAUCUUGUGAUAUUUUAGGAGACACAGAGAAUGUAAAAUUGAAUUAUAAAGGAAGAUUGUUACUCAGCGAUAACAGAAGAGGAGUAUUUAAGGUGACCAUGCGACAGCUAGCAGGAGAUGAUUCAGGAACUUAUUGGUGUGGAAUAGACAAACCUUAUGCUGAUAUAAUGAUUAAAGUGAAAUUGAUGGUCAAUAAAGGUAAGAGUCAAAUGAUGAUCCUUGUUUCUAACUUUAUUUUUCUACAAAACUAUUUGUAUGCAUUUUAUUCUUCCUUUGGUUUUAGAAACUGGAACUGUAAUCCAUGGAGCAGUCUGCGCUGGGUGGUCCCGAUUAUUCUCUUGGCUUCUUUGAUUGUUAUUUGCUGGAAUACAGUGCAUGAUAACUGGUAA